CCCGACUGGCCUUUGGAUUGAAUGAGGAGCACCUCCGUUCGCUUCGAUCUUCUUUCUCUCACAUUUUCCAAACACAAAAACCAGCAACACUCGCAACAUAGACAACAAGGACAAGCCCACACACGCCAACACCAUGAAGGCCAACAGCAAAGCAAACGCCAAGGCAGUCGCCAACACCAUCGCCAAGCCCACAGCUCUCGACAUCAUGAUGGGGCGAGGCGGCAUGAGCAACAAUCACCCAGGAAACAAGCACUAUCACACAGUCCUUGAAACCCGCGCCUGGGAGUAUUCACAACUCAAGGGGCGCAAUGCCAAGACGGACUUGGCAUGGGAAGUGUUUCAUCAACUCAAGAGAGAAGGUGCGAGGUUCCUAAAGUACGAUAAACCAACAGGGGAGUACAUCGAAGCUUCAAACGACGAUGCCAGAAAAAAGAUCAGCCAACGGCUACGUGAGCUUGCCUUGGAGGUGAGGGAACAUACAUCCAGCGAAGAAGAGGAAGCCGAGGCAUUGGACACGCCCAUUCCGCUAAAGGCUGAUAACUUGAGGGUCCAUGAAAACCCAUUUGAAGCCGACACCACAAUGUCUGAUCUCCUCAAAUCCUGCUUCCUGGAUGACGACGAUACAAACAAGAAACCCAGUCCCACCCUCGACACACUUCUAAACUCCAGCCUCCACAGCUAUGACUUUCACAACGACCCUUCUCCUUUCUCCUCCUGGGAAGAGAUCAACUCUGACUAUGCCGUGUGCAGCUCAUUGGGCGAUCUCUCGGCCUGCGAGUUGUCCACGUUGGCAACCGCACCUCUUCCGCUAACGUUUGACUUCUCCUUUGACUGGCCGAACGACUUCCUCGCAGAACAAGUACCCAGCAACGAACAGCCAUUGCGGUACGAUCAGGAUUUGCGGUUCGGGCGGGUCGCCUCCUUCCCUGGCUCCUUCCAUGACCAAGGCGACUACGGCAGGGUCGCCAAGCGACGACGCGAAUCCCACUGAACCCACCCCGGGCUUGGCGAAACUCGAGAUACACCAAAUGCAAACGAUACAGCAUCCCAUAACGAAUAAAUACAUGUACAUUUUAGAGCUAAAUCAAACCGAAAUGAUUUCCCUGCAGGCGAUG